AUGUCUUCCAGUAAUCCCCCCCCGCAUGCGGUGGAAGCAUCUGUGUGUUGUGACGAGACUGAGCAACAAGUUUCCUAUUGUGGACAAAACGAGAAUUGCAAAACCAUGAUUCUCAAGCGCGGAAUGAAUCAAAAACCAAACUUUCCAGGUGAUAAUAAGAGUUCACAUAAUUCAGGCAUUCUGCGAAAGAGAGGAUUACGCUUAUUAAGGCGAAAUUAUCCUCGUUGCGGUGGAGUUCAACCCCUAGUUGCGGCACCAGAAUUUUGCGGCGGUUGUGGUGGAGUUCAACCCCUUGUUGCGGCACCAGAAUUUUGUGGCGGUUGUGGUGGAGUUCAACCCCUGGUUGCGGCACCAGAAUUUUGUGGCGGUUGUGGUGGAGUUCAACCCCUUGUUGCGGCACCAGGAUUUUGUGGCGGUUUCGGUGGUUGUGGCGGCCCGAGCAUAAUGAAUCAGGAGGCUCUAUCCGAUCAAGAACUAUGCCAAGCGAAUUGUGUUGAACAUGCCUACGAGGAACAGUGUUCAUGUGAUGGCGAAACGAUGGGAUCCAAUGAGAAUCAGAGUAGUUUUAUUAUGAAUUUGUAA